CCUUACCACAAAUGUAUAAAUAAGAGCUGCUUUUUAAACAAUUGUAUUUCUAUUUUUGCAUAUUGAUAAUAAUUCUAUGUAAAAAAUAAUUUCAAAAUGUUGAAACUUCUUUGUGUGUUGAUUGUUUCCUUUGCUGCAGGAUAUGCAUUGGAUAAAAAAGCUGAAAUAACAUGGGGACAUAUUAUGAAAGUAAUAGAUUAUCCUGGUGUAACUAUUAAAACAAAAGAUGGCAAAACUGAAAUUACAUGGAAUGAACCCAUUAAUGCGCAAAUAAAUCCUUUAAGAGCUACUUUUGCUAUUAGAUUUACAAAGCUCAAGAAAAGUAGAUCUGCUGAACUUGACAAUUUGUGUAAUACUUAUGAAAAAUAUUCACUUGAAGGAAGUGUUCAGAGGUUCGCUUUAAAAACUGUCGCAGAUAUUGUAAAUUGUCCAAUCAAAAAGGGUGCAAAAGCCACUUUUAGUGUACCUACAACUUAUUCGUAUUCAGAGCCAAAGGAUAAAAAAUUGUGUGGACCAUAUCGAUCGGAAAUGAAAAUAUUUAGAAAAAAGGAUAAAGGAGAUGCACUUCCAAUAAUUAUUGGCGUAUUUAGAGGAAAUAUCACUGGCUGCUUAGAAACAUAAUGAAAUAAAGGUCAUUUGAGAAUGUUUUAACAGUCAGGUUACAUGAUUUUAUAUGUAAAUAUAGUUUUUGUAAGUUUUUUCAUAAAAUAAACUUGUUGAGAUAAAA